AUGAACACAACACUUUUACAAAUUGUUUCAACUUUAAUCAUUGAACAAUGGAAUGAACAAAUCAUUUAUGAAAAAUAUUUUAAUCAAUGUUUACCACAAGAAUGUAUAAUAACACGUGUUGUUCAAGGAAAAUUUCCCCACAUUAUUAUAGCUUUGACUGGUUUUAUAGGUGAUUCAAUAAAAGUCGAUAGAUUUAUUGUAUCUUUAUUAAUUACAAUGAUUUUUAUUCGUAUCGAUCAAAUAGACUUCAAAACGAACAGUUAUCGACGAAGUUGUUCGAAGGAUUCUUUUAUAUGUGGUCGAGCAUUUGCUAAACCAACAAAAAGAAAAAACGUUUGGCUUCAGGCUUCAUAUACGAAAUAA